CACUUAUUUUGGAUGUUUUGGAUAGUGAAUAGUGACUUUCGGCCUUUCGGCUGAUCGGAAAUAGUGAAAAUGCCAUUUUCGGUAAAAUUGACCGUCCCUGUCCCUACCGUCCCUACGAAUCUUUUUUUCUUCGUUCUGCUUCGUUGUUUUUAAUACGAAUUUCGUAUGUAUUUGUGUAUAAAAUUAUAUCACUGAAUAUUUCAAUAUUUUUUCUGCAUCAAAUCAGAACUAGUAUGUCGGUGGUGAAACAACAGCCUCAGAAUACUCAUGGCGAUCAUAAGGAGAAAAAAAGGAAAGAGAGCAUUUUAGACUUGUCGAAGUACCUUGAGAAAAAUAUACGUGUGAAAUUUGCUGGUGGCAGGGAAACCGCUGGUAUCCUCAAAGGUUAUGAUCCUCUACUCAAUCUCGUACUAGACAAUACAACGGAGUAUUUGAGAGAUCCUGAUGAUCCGUAUAAACUCAAUCAAGGUACGAGAAUGUUGGGGCUUGUAGUGUGUCGAGGUACUUCAGUAGUUCUGAUAUGUCCCGUCGAUGGUAUGGAAUCGAUACAAAAUCCGUUUAUACAACAAGAUGCUUGAAUCUUUUGCUCUACGCAUCACCAGAUGUCCAUAUUUUUAUCUCACUCCACACAGAUUUGAAUGCACCCACAGAGAUGUUCUCCUAAUGGCAUUGUUACAUAAAACAUCCAUAUAUACAGACACAUUUAGAGAGAAGUUUUUUAUGAUUAAAUGUGGUCCUCCGCAUAUAACUGUAUCCGAGUCAAUAAAAUUUGAACCUUUCUAUAA